UUGGUCAAUAGGCAUUUCUCGUUUUACGCCGUUUGUCCGGUUUUGGUCAGUUGUUGAGUACCUUGUCUUCUCCACAGUUUUGGUCGACUUGUCAAUCGUCUCAAAAAAAUCGACCAAGUCUCUUAAUUUAUUGUCAGUACAUCAAAUAUUCUGGAAAAGUUGUCAGCGGCUUUUCACGGAUUCGUAUUUGGAAAAUAUGACUGACCUUUUUUAUGCAGUCGUAAAAGCUUCUCUACAUGCAAGUGAUGCAUCUGUUUUCGGGCUGAAAAAUGAAGAAAUCCAGGCUCUUAUUUCCCGUUAUCCAGGUUCAGCAAAAAACGUUGUAAACGGAGUUCUCAUUAAUGCAAAUCCACUUCAGGUCAUAAACUCACUUGGUGAACUUGGAUACCGUGUUGUAUGCAGCUCCGGCGACUCUGAUAUUGUUUGGACUUUGAAACGUGAAGGACUGCCAUCAACAGGGGAAAGUUAAUCAACCAUGCCGUAUGUAUGCGUGAGAGGACAGCCGAGUGGAACUGAAUGCACCAUUUUUGGGUUGACUCUUGCCGACCACCAGGCCGUUGAGCAUGUGCUCGCCUUCUGGGGCAACAGAGUCGGCCAGGACGGCUACCAAGUCAAAAACCCAGCCCUGGCCACCGCCAAUAUCCUCCAUCAAACACUCGGCUUCCAGCUCAUCACCUCCUGUGAGGGCAAUCACGGAACCGUCAUAUACACGCUUCACAGGCCUUUCCCAUCUAGGAGAAAUUUUGCCUCCUUCAACAGGCAAAACAGCAGAUAUUAAAUAUUAUGACCCAGAUUACUACCCGGGCAAAGAAACCCAAAUCGCAAGACAAAUCUUAGAACAAGCUGGUCAGGUAAAUAACUUGCCGCAACAAUACACUGAACCCGCUAGACAAUUCUCUUCACUCGCCGGUCUUCCAUCAAUACCUGAAGACAUGAGUUCCGUUCAGAAAAAACGAAAACUUGAGACCGAAGAACCCGGUUCAAGUACAUCCCAACAACAACUGGUGAUGAGCGAUACUGACGAUGCAUUGAGGAGAGGCAGUGAAGAUUUGUCUGAUGAUUCACAGACAAAAAAGAAACAGUACAAAAUGGGUGCAAGUCCAGAAGACUUUAAAGAAUAUUUACCAGACCAAGAUCGCAUCAUGUUAAGAAACCCGCAGUCUUUUGAUAACUCAGCGACUGAGGGUGUACGGGUAAUAUUGAAGACAAACGAAUGCUCACCAGAUAACCCUUUAAUAAGGUUUCUCCGUUACAAAGACAUCAUGAGCAGCGGUACAGGUCCUUGCCUUUGCUCCUGCUUCUCACCGUCAUCCCAACAGAUGCUUUGCAUGAUGCAUCCAAACGCGCAAACCAUGCCGAAUAUGCAAAGCAUGCAAAGCAUGUCUGCAGCCGGAUCAAAAGGGCCAAAACCAAUUUGGCACAAUGCAAUGUUAGGCGAGGCCUCUGCAGUCAAUGACCAAAUCCGUAGAGGCGUAAAUGUGAAUCAGGCUGACCCAAGCGGCUAUACUGCACUUCAUUACGCCGCCAAAAAUGGAAACGUUGCUAUUUGCCAGGCACUGAUAAACGGUGGUGCUCAGAUAAAUAUACAGACACAAGCUGGAAACGCCACUGCUCUCCACAGAGCUGCAGGAGCUGGGAAGACUGAGGUAGUGAAGUUGUUGUUGAACAACGGAGCCCAGACAUUGUUGCGCGAUAUUGACGGUCGAACAGCACUACACCGUGCUGUCGAGGGCGGCCAUGAGGCAGCUACAACGCUCCUCAUUGAGCACUGCAUGGAGGCCAUGCAGGUGCGAGACAACCGAGGUUGCACGCCAAUCGACCUAGCCAAAGACGAGAGUCUCAAAGCGCUCAUAAAGAGAAUUAUCUCUUCCAACAUCCAGCCGGCCACAGCUCCCUCACCCUCCGGCAAAAAUAAAAAGAAAUAGUGUUUCACCCUUA